UUGUCACAGAAUCGAGUAGGUUCCCGAACUAUAACCUCGAGCACCAUUGACGAAAAUAAUACCGCUGCUGCCACAAGACUCACACGCUCAAAAUCGGGUAUUUAUAAUCAAGACUUGAAUGUCGCUAAGAAGUCAUUACAAACCACCAAGACAACUACGAACGCUCACAUUACCCGCAAACGACCAGCAUUAGGAGACGUCAGUAACGUCACUAAAGGCGACAUAACUGAAGGUAAAAAGAAUGCGGGCAAGGGUGGUCUAGUAUCAAAAGCUGCCCAGCCAAACGGGAUUCAGAAAAUCCCAACACGCGGUCCCACCUCAAGGUCAGCCCUAGGAACCAAGGAUGCGAACAAAAAAUCUGAGUCAAAGCGAACACGAUCAGGAGCUCCUGCUGGCAAAAGAAAGACAGGAUCUACAUCUACGAAAGACGAUACAUCCACAGAGGUUCAACUACCAUCACGUAAAAGGAUACACAUCGAAAUCGAGCAGCGAUUACAUGUGGAUGAAGUUGAAGAAGAUAAACUUGAGAUAGAUGAAGAAGACGACCGAUAUGCGGAACUCGAAGCACCAGAAAUAAUCGAAGAUUUGGACCAAGAGGAUGUCGACGACCCGCUAAUGGUAGCCGAAUAUGUAGUCGAGAUUUUCGAAUAUCUUCGGAAGCUUGAAAUAAAUACCCAACCUAACGCCCAAUACAUGGAUUAUCAAGAAGACUUGGAAUGGAAAAUGCGCGGUAUUUUAGUUGACUGGCUAAUAGAAGUGCACACACGUUUUCACCUAUUGCCAGAAACUUUAUUCCUUGCGGUGAAUAUAAUCGACCGAUUUCUCUCUUCAAAAGCUGUUCAACUAGAUCGCCUUCAACUAGUCGGUGUAACUGCCAUGUUUAUCGCCUCGAAGUACGAGGAAGUCCUUUCACCACAUGUGGCGAAUUUUCGUCAUGUUGCCGAUGACGGAUUUACAGAAGCAGAAAUAUUGAGCGCCGAGAGAUAUGUACUUACUGCCCUCAAUUACGAUUUGAGUUAUCCCAAUCCCAUGAAUUUUUUGCGACGUAUAUCGAAAGCAGACGACUACGACAUACAAACCCGAACAUUAGCGAAGUACCUCAUGGAAAUCAGUCUUCUCGAUCACCGCUUCAUGCACUAUCUUCCCAGUCGCAUCGCUGCUGCGUCUAUGUACAUGGCACGGAUGAUCCUAGGGAGGGGAGAUUGGACUCCCACUCUCUCUCACUACGCCGGCUAUGGCGAAGUUGAAGUUCAUCCCGUGUUCCUACUCAUGGUCGACUAUCUCGCACGACCGGUAACCCACGAAGCAUUUUUCAAAAAAUACGCCAGCAAGAGAUUCUUAAAAGCUUCAAUUCUUACAAGGCAAUGGGCCAAGAAAUACGCAGAGAAUUUCAACUUAGACGCCUCUCAGCCCCUCCACGUUGCGGCCCGGUAG